AUGGCUAAGGACUCGGAAUGUGGAGCCAUCUCAUUACAAGUUGGUGUAACCGCAAAUAACCUCUCUCCCUCCCUCUCUCUCUCUCUCUGCCCCGCUGAUUUUGGCGGCACUGAAAGCGCCACCUUCUCCUCCUCUCCAUAUCCAUCGCUCCCCACGAUUUCAUCUCUCUCUCUCUGUCAAUCCCGUCAACGUUGUUUCAGCGCCGAAUCUCCCCCACGAUUCCUUCUUGCUCGGAGAUCUUCACUUCGCUAUAACCGUGCGAGGAAACACAGAGCACGCCCGAGACUUAGGCAGAGAAAACUUGAGACAGAACAGAAGGAUGGAGUACGGCGACGACUCCGACGUUGUCUCCCUCCUGUGCCAAGAGGACGAAGCCGCCUUCCUCCUCGUCUCCCACGACGACGACGACCGCCCCGCCGGAGGGGCGCCGACCAGGCGCCGGCGGUGGAGACCAUUACCCAGUUCUUCUUCGCCGUCGGCGACGAGGACGAGUACAUCCAGAGGCUCGUCCGGCGAGAGACCCGGGACCCUCCGUUCUCGCUCCGCUGCUCCUCCGCCGCCUCCGCCGCCACCCCGCGCAGCCUCUGGCUCGAGCGCGCUCGCACCAGCGCCAUCGAUUGGAUUUUCGAUAGGAGGGAAUCGUUCGGAUUUCACUUGCACACUGCCUAUCUGUCCAUCACUUACUUCGAUCGGUUUCUUGCAAUCCGCUCCAUAGCCGACGGGAAGUUGUGGGCCGUCCGACUGCUGUCGCUGGCGUGCUUGCUUCUGGCGGCGAAGAUGGAGGAGUACAGAGUCCCUGCGAUAUCAGAUUUCCAAGCUCAAGAUUUCGUUUUCGAGGGUGAAAUAAUACAGAACACCGAGCUCCUGAUCUUGAAAACACUCGAGUGGAAAUUGGGUUCGAUCACUCCCUUCUCUUAUCUGCACUAUUUAGUCCUUAAAUUCCACGGCCAAUCCAGAGAGAGGGAGUUCUUCAAUGCCAUGGAGCUCGUUCUUGCGCUAUCAAAAGAGAUUAAUUUGGUGGAUUAUAGGCCAUCUGUUAUUGCUGCUGCUGCCGUACUAUCGUCAUCUUCUGAUGCUGAGUUGAGUAGAAAAGCAAUGGAACUUAAAACAAGUAGAAUCUCAUUAUGGGAUUCUCAAGAUAAUGAGCAUAUAUUCGUCUGUUACAACCUUCUUCAGGGAAUAAUGAAGCAGGAAAAACUCAAGACCCCGCCAAAAAUUUCUCACAGAGAUGUUCUGAGGAGUGUUUCAUCAUCUUUAACCUAUGCCAGUGGUGGCAUCAAGAGGAGGCUUCCAUUCAUUGACAGUGAUCAGAACUGCCCUGUGAAGAAAAAGACCAGAAGGCAAUAGUUUCCUGUGAUAUUGAGCUAGGUUCUUGCUUUGGGGGAUGAUGAUUACAGGUCUAAUGAGUGUUUAAAAGUCCCAAAUUCAGUAGCAUGAGUGGAUUUGAUGACCUGGGGGUCUUCAUUUUCCAAUACCCACAAAAAGAGAAAAAGAAGAAUAUUCUUCAGCCAGUGAAAGCCAAGCGGCUGGAGGAGAAAACAGUAUAUAAUUAAAAAAAGAUUGAAACUUUUUCACGGAGGGAGAGAGAGAGAGAGAGAGAGAGAGAGAAGCAAGAAGAUGACAUGAAGUUCAGUACAGAGACCAAGGGAGUGGGAGAAAGAAGCAUCAGCCAAUUAAUCCCAAUCUUGUCUAUAUUCAUGCUAGAAAUAGCAGCUUCCUUAAAAUGCUGCUAUUUGCUUCAAUGCCCACUUUGGCAUUUUGUUUCAUUUUCGAUUUUGUUUACCGUGAAAUUUGUUUGGUCGGUAGUGAUUUGUGUUAGUGAAAAACCCUAGCAAAGUCCCUACCUUUUGAUGGGAGCUUGGGAUGCUUCCUUGUGUCUUUCAAAAGGCUGAAGGCCACGAGGGAAUGUGUUGUUUGUUUUUGCUUGAUUUGACACAUUUGUAUUGCGUUUGGGCCAAUAAAAAAGCAUGAGAUA